UUUAUCUUACCUGGAUGACUUGACAGUUUGGCCCGGGGACAGAGGCUCUUUAAGCUGCACCUCCUGUCUCUGAACUUCAUGUUACAGGUGAAUAUGCCGGUCAUUUUAAUGUUAUGACCGCCGUUACGACCGUCAGAGUAAAACUGGUCCUUCAGCUCGAACCGUCCUCGUCGUCUUUGCCGCUGCGACGUUAGCACACCAUCUUAUCAUGUGGGUCUUCGGUUACGGCUCCCUGAUAUGGAAAGUGGAUUUUCCUUACGAGGAAAAGAGAAUUGGAUACAUUAAAGGCUUCAGUCGUCGGUUUUGGCAAGGCAGUACCGACCACCGGGGAGUACCGGGGAAGCCUGGCCGUGUAGUCACACUGGUGGAGGACCCAGAGGGUUGUGUUUGGGGCGUCGCCUACAAACUGCCGACCGGCCGGGAGCAGGAGGUGAAGCGCUACCUGGACUACCGGGAAAAAGGUGGUUAUCAGGUCAUCACGGUUGCCUUCCACCCCCGUCCACCCCUCGCUCCUUCGCCCGACCAGACGCUGCUCUACAUCGGCUCUCAGGACAAUCCUGACUACCUCGGGCCGGCGCCGCUGGAAGAUAUAGCCAGCCAGAUCAUCAGCUCCACCGGUCCAAGCGGGAACAAUACAGAAUACCUGUUUCAGCUGGCUGAUGCAGUGAGAACUAUUCUGCCCGAGGACUCCGACGCACACCUGUUUUCUCUGGAAACUUUAGUAAGAGAACGGCUACAUAAAGGGCAGAAGCAUUCAAAAUAGGAUGAAUAUGACUUUGAUCAGUUAUUUAUAUACCAGCUCGUAAUUGUCACAUAAUCUCAGGGUUUACACAUAGAGGUACUGAAAAUAUGUUGACCUCGUUACUGUCACACUGCCAUCACUUUGUUCCACGCUGAAAGAAACUAUCAUAGUGCAAGUAAAUGUGUAAAGAAAGCUGUUUCAGAACAGAGAAAAGACAUAAACAUGUGAACUGUAACUGGCAGUAAAACUACAUAUUCUGUAAACCACACAGCAUGCUUUGAAUAAAGCAGCACAAAGGAGGAA